CACCUUCCAAUGAAGCCUCUCUCUCUCUCUCUCUCUCUCAUUCGACUCUUUCUCAAGGAACAACACAUUUUGCAGUAGAGAAUGCAGCAGAUACUGGCGAGCAAUUCAUGGUGGUCGCUUCUGCAAUCCCACGGAGGAUUCAAAGCCUUCUUUUUGGGUCGCCGUCAGCUCUUCUUCGACAGCGUUUCAUCAGUCUGCUCCGACAACCCUCAGCUCAGCCGCGAUGAUGUCGUUGUCCUACCUAAGCCCCCUCCAGCUCGAGCUCAAAGGAAACUAUCAGAACUAGAGUGCCCUGCUGAGGAUUUGACUGAGUUCAUACGGAGGAACUUUCCAUUCACGACGCGCCGGGCUCUGUUCUCUAGCUUGUUCGUGUACUCGGUCUUUCAUCCUUCAAGGUACUUAUCAGUCCUAAAUGCUUAUGCAGCCCAUGCCUUGGGGGAUCCGACUGUUACACUUGAAGAGGUUACUCCACAAGUUUUCCAGUCAGGGUCACUCUUCCCAACGGAGGAAAGAAUUGCUGAGCUUUUCGAGAAGAACACUUAUUCUGUCGUCAACAUUUUCGAUGUAACAUUGCGUCCUCAGCUCAACUUAACUGGUGCGGUUGAGGUUCCUGAAGGAAAUGGUUCAGGAGUCGUCUGGGACGAGCAGGGACAUAUUGUGACAAAUUAUCAUGUAAUUGGUAAUGCACUUGCAAGAAAAGCAAAAAUUGGCGAAACUGUUGCACGAGUGAAUAUUUUGGCAUCGGAAGGGAUUCAAAAGAACUUUGAAGGAAGGCUCAUUGGGGCAGAUCGUUUUAAAGAUCUCGCUGUAUUGAAGGUGGAAGCCUCUGAAGAUCUUCUGAGACCCAUCAAAGUUGGGCAGUCAACUUCUCUGAAAGUUGGGCAGCAAUGUCUGGCAAUUGGGAACCCAUUUGGUUUUGAUCACACGCUGACCGUUGGAGUUAUUAGUGGAUUAAAUCGGGACAUUUUCAGUCAAACUGGUGUUACUAUUGGUGGAGGUAUUCAAACUGAUGCAGCAAUUAAUCCUGGAAACAGCGGCGGUCCUUUGCUGGACUCAAAAGGUGGAUUAAUUGGUAUUAACACCGCCAUUUUCACUCAGACAGGGACGUCAGCAGGAGUGGGUUUUGCGAUCCCAUCCUAUACCAUAACCAAGAUAGUUCCCCAAUUGAUUCAAUUUGGUAAAGUUGUUAGAGCUGGAUUGAAUCUUGACAUUGCUCCAGAUGCAGUAGCUACUCAAUUAAAUGUCCGAAAUGGAGCUCUUGUGCUGCAGGUUCCUGCAAAUAGUCUCGCCGCCAAAGCUGGGAUAAUUCCCAUUACCCGGGGCUUUGCGGGUAAUAUCAUUCUGGGCGACAUAAUUGUUGCGGUUGAUGGGAAGAAAGUGAAGAGCAAAGCAGAAUUGGACAGACUUCUGGAUGAAUAUAGUGCAGGAGACACCGUGCUGUUGAAGCUUCAGAGAGGCAGUGAGAAUUUGGAGCUGCCCAUAAUGUUGGAGGAGAAGAGCUGAUGACAGAUUCUCUCUCUUCUAUCAAUUGAUGUUGUUUUCAAGUCCUUAUUAAAGAAAGGAAUAUAUUUUUAGUUAAUAUAUAUGAUGUAGAAUUGUGAACAGACAAAAAGGCAUAUAAAGCCAACGAUAGUUAGUUUGUUCAAACUGUAAUCUGUUCGGUUGUCCCGUGUCAGCAAGACGUGUUGACUGAUCGAUUCUCUCUAUCAAUGAUAUCGGGCACAGUAUAGUACCCAAUCUGAUAGAGAGCAUACAUGAAAUGAAACCUAUUGAAUA